AUGAGGGGAUCGGAAAUGCCUCAAAGGCAAUCUCCCCGAGGACCGCCUCCACUAAGGACAUCAAGCUCGAAUUCCGAUCCUCUACAUAAUCGACCGAUAACUGAGAGGAACCCGAAGCUAGGAGAUCGUCGAUCUCCAAGGGGUGCUCAAUCUGAUUCAGUGAAUCAAAAGAAACUGGGGACACGGAUUGCAGAUUUGGAAUCUCAACUUGGGCAGGCACAGCGGGAACUAGGGAUUUUGAAAGAGCAAUUAGGCUCAGCUGAGGUUGCAAAGAAAGAAGCUCAAGAAGAAUUAGAGAAAAAAGCCAAGAAACCAAUUGUCUCAGAGCCAGUGGAAAUCCCAGAAAAUCACCACCCUCCAACUGAAAACCAAGAAUCCAACAUAAUGGGGAGCAGUGCAGCAAAUGAAAUCCCUGACGACGGCCAGGGGGAAACUGAUGUUUUUGAGGUUCCGGCUGAAAAAGUGGCGGUGGAGCCUAAAGUCGAGUUUGGCCAAUCAACUGAUCAAGAAGAGCUCAAGACCAAACAAGUCAGCAUAUCAACUGAAUCACAAGUCAAUUCAGAGCCAGAGAAGCCAUCAUUCGAUGAAUUGGCUUUAAAGAACGAUGAGAUAAAUUCACUGAAAGCCAAGUUAGAGGAUAAGGAAAAAGAAUUAGAAGUGUUCGGCCAGGAAAAUGAGGGACUAAAAUGCCAGUUGUGUGAAGCAGCAAUCCAAAAAUCAUCUGCUCGAACCAAGGAAGAGGAAAUGACAUUAAGGUUGAACCAACUUGGACAGGAACUGGAAACAAGUAAAAGCAGUGCAGUUCAAUUAAAGGUAAAGCUGGAAGCUGCGGAAACAGCGAAGGAGGCAUUGGAAACUGAAAUGAAGAAGCUUAAGGUACAGACGGAGCAAUGGAGAAAGGCUGCUGAUGCUGCUGCAGCAGUGCUAGCUGGGGAUGUGCAGAUGAGUGGCAGAAAAAUAUCUGAGAGAUGCGGUUCCAUGGACAAGCAAUUAGGCGGUGUCUUUGACCCACAAGUUGGUGGAUACACUGGUUUUGGUGAUGAUGAGUCUGAUGAGAGUUUUGUAAGUGGAAAGAGGAAAGGCUCUGGUAUUAGAAUGCUUGGAGACCUAUGGAAAAAGAAGGGUCAGAAAUAAAAAUCUCUGUCGUGCCAUUCCUCUUUCCUUUUUGACCACUUACUUUUGAACCCUCUUUCAUUGUUUUGUUGCCUUUGCUGUCAAAUGGUUGAUUUACCAUUUUGUAAUAGUGUGCCCUACACCUUGUCAAGUACUGUAAUUUGUUUAAGUCUUUAGUGAUCCACAGCUCUUAGGCUAAUUGCGAGUCGAUGACACUUGUAUGGAAAUUGUUGUUUUUGGAGAUUUCUUUCCUAAUGUGCUUAUUCUUGUCUGUCCAGUGCCCUCUACAAUGUUUUUUCAUGCAGUUAUGUUAGUGAUGAAUUAAGUGAUGCAAAAGAGACUAACAUUGAUGUGAUUGUAUU